CAUAUCAAUACGUGAUUUUUAUUUAUGUCGCCGUUUGUUUUUGUGAAUAGGGGAUUUGAUAUAAAGAAAAAAGAAAACAAUAAAAUAUGUAUGUCAUACAUGUCAUCUAUACGACAUAUAAGAAAAGGAAAGAAAGACAGAAAUAUCACAAAUACAUGACUCAUAUUAUAACACUUUUGGAUUUAAAGUUCAUCGCAUAUUGUAAUAAAACACACAUCUCUUUUAGGUAUAAAAGAUGGCGUGAUUUUCAUUGAGAAGAAAUUUACAUCAUCAUUGUUAUUUCUUUUCUUCUUCUUCUCUUCUCUAGUUAGUCGUGCAAUGAUAACGUGGUAGAAAAAAAAUAUCCGGACACAUACAUAUGUGAUACCUUCGUUUAUUUCAUAUAAAUACUCCGUUCUCUUUCUUCUUUCUUUCAUAGUCAAAUGAAUACUUACCGAACAUUUAUGUCGAAAUAUAUAUUUUAUUUUUUUAAUGGACGUGGUCGUGCUGAAGUUUCCCGUUUAAUAUUUGCUAUAGCUGGUCAACAAUAUGACGAUAUUCGUUAUGAAGGUUCUGAAUAGCCGUCACAUAAAGCUGAAAUGCUCUUAAGUCAAAUGCUUGUUGUAGAAUAUGAAGGUAUAAAAUUACCACAAUCAUUAGCUAUUGCUCGUUUUCUUGCUAAACAAUUUAAUUUGGCUGGUAGAGAUUAUUUUGAACAAGCUAAAGUCGAUGCUGUUGCUGAUACAAUUAAUGAUUUAUUACGAAAAUUUCUUCGACUUCGUUUCGAAAAAGAUAAAAGCAAAAAACAAGAACUUAUGAAAAAAUUCUUUGAUGAAUAA